AUGAAGGGGACGACGCCAUCUCAGUCCGCCAUGAAAUACCCAGAUGAAGAUAAUGAAUGUGAAGUGAAAGAAGGAAAUGGGGGAGUGUCGGUUGAAGGUGGUUUUGCAGUAGAAGGAAAGGUUCAGUCUCAGUGCAUCAGCCUCUACAAGCGAGACCUCACAAAACGAGGUGAAGAGCUCACUUUUGAGAAGAAUGGCGUGUGGAGGCAAGAGCAGAAGGGCAGAACUGCAAGGCUGGAGAAACAGCUCAGGGUAAGGUGGGAACUUGAUGAGAUAAUUGAAGAACAAGUGAACAGGUUUCAUGCCCACUACAACAUGGAUAUGGUCCCAAACCGCCUCAAGGACAUUUCCCAACUUCUCAUGCCCUGUUGGACUCCGCCUGAUGAGCUUGCCUCCAUUGGUUGGUUAGGUGAUUGGCGCCCCUCUGCCAUUUUGGACCUCGUGCGUGGCUUGUCUGCUUCCUGUUUCCCAAUCUCUGGUAGCACGGAACACCUCUUAUUGCAGCUCAUUCAUGAGAUUCGGAUUGAAGAGGCAAUACUUGAUGAGGAGAUGGCCGAAAUCCAGUCCAAGUGUAUCCUAUACCUUCCAUUUGCUCCAAUCAACAUUCAAUCAGGUGGAUCUGCCUUGGCUUGUGUUCACUCCGAGUUCAAGAAGAUUGAAAGAGUGAUCACAAAAGCUCAACAACUCAGGUUCAAGGCACUGGAAUUGGUGUUGAAGAAGAUACUUAAUGAAUUUGACGCAGCAGAGUACUUGGUGGCAUUUGAGGGUAUACAAGAUGCUAUUCACCAGUUUGCAGCAAACCAGAGGAUCCAAAAGGGUCCAGUUGCAAUGCCUGCCAAGGCUUUGGGGUCUGCCUGAGAAUAAAGAAGACAUAAAAGACCUUGUGAAACUUGCUAACCGAAUCAGAAACUGUAGUCACCGAAAGAAGAGAUGACAAACCUCUUUUACUUGCUGAUUGUUGCUGUAUGAUAAGAUAUCUUGUCAUAGUCUUAGCUUUGAUGCAUGUUGUAAACAAUGUGUGUAGAGAACUCAAAACAGAUAUA